UAUGGGGAGCAACGGUUUGUCUAAAAUAGGCAAAGGUAAAAGAGGCCAUUCUAAUGAUAUAAGAAUGGAUGAAGACAGUGACCCGUUUUCUAUUCACAAUGACAUACAGAAGGAAAUAGAAAAGAAUCAGAGUAUAAUAAAUGAAAAUCUUAAUAAAAUGAAGCACACAGUAAAAUUAUUUAAAGGUGUUGAUAAAGAGAAUAUAUCUGUAGAAGAAGCAGUGACAGCAAAUGAUACAAAUGUAAGAGUUACUGUUAAACAAAAGGAAAAAAGUGGAAGGGGAAAUAAUAAAUCAAGCAAUUCACAGGAUAUAGAUAAGCAAUUUUCAAUAGGAAAUGAUAAAAAAGUAAAAAAUGCAGUUUUAGAAGGGGCAGUCCUUGUUGUGUAUUUAGAGAAGGGGAGUCCAUCAAAUAGAACCAUUGAAGUGUCAUAA